AUGGUGAGAAUGCGGUUGCGUAGCAGUAAGUCUGUUGAUGGCAAUACUAGCCUUGAGAAGAAGGCCGUGGUCAUAAAGAUUGAAACAGAGUGCAUGCCGUUUGCACUUGGACAAUCGUCACGUAGUCGCAGCAAGACUGAAAAGGAGAGUGGUCGCGUUAAGCGCGAGAUGGUGGAACUGAAUGAGGAUAAGGAUGCACCACUUUUGAACAAGAAAGCUAAACGAGGUUAUACCAAGAAGGAGCGGAUUUGUUGUAAAGAACCUGAUGGCUGGAAGGAGAUUUUGCUGGGCAUACAGGAAAUGCGGGUCAAGAAAGAUGCCGAGGUGGACAAGUACGGUGAGGCGUUUUUUAACGAAAGCUUUUUGCCUCAUGAACGUCGUUUUCAUGUGUUGAUAUCAGCGAUGAUGAGCAGUCAGACCAAAGACCCUGUGAAUGCGGCAGCAAUGGGUCGUCUUAUCAAGCACGGUUUGACUGUAGAAUCGAUGCUUGCGAUCGACCAGCAGGAGCUUGCACGAUUGAUCCGACCCGUUGGUUUUUUCAACUACAAGGCCAAAUACAUCAAGCAAACUGCUGUUAUCUUGAAGAAGCAGGCUGAAGUCGAGGGCAACGUUGUUGUUGACAUUCCAGACACGUACGAGGGCCUUAUCGCUUUGCCUGGUGUCGGACCUAAGAUGGCUACAUUAGUGAUGGACAGCGCGUGGCACAAUAAUGUGGGAAUAUGCGUCGAUACGCACGUGCAUCGAAUUUCGAAUCGGCUGAAAUGGGUGAAGACAUGGAACAAGAAUAACCCCAGGUCGCAGGAUCCGGAGAAAACCCGAGCGGAGCUGGAGGACUGGCUACCAAGAGAACACUGGGGUCCCAUCAAUAUUUUACUAGUUGGUUUCGGACAAACAAUUUGUCGUCCUCGCAAUCCCAAAUGCAACGAAUGCAAGAUUCGUGAUCUUUGUCCAUCCGCAAACGAUUCGUCAAUAUAA